AAACCAUGCAUUUUAUUACGCUUAUGUCCCUUCCGUCUUUCUUAAUUCACAUGUCACUGCCCUACUCAGACAUUAUCAUCAUCAACAACAAUAAUAAUAAGGUUUCUGAAUUGGUCGUGUCGUGUCCAUGGCUGUGUCCAACGGCGUCGAAGCAGUGUUAGAGUUUCUGCGGAAGAAUGGCUUGUCGGAGGCGGAGUCCGCGCUCCGAGAAGACAUCAUCGAGAACACCGACCUCGGAAACUUCGACUACGAGAAGUUCUUCUUCCCCAUGGUCCCGCCGCCGCCGGUCAGAGUCCGAUCCUUCUCCCGACCGUCCGAGUUCGCCGUCGCGGAUGACGAUGACUCCAAAUCCAGCUCGGACAAGUUCGUCACCAUCGAUUCUUCCACUUCUCGCGUCUCUUCUUCAGGUACUCCAAAUUCAAAUUGA